AUGGUCGUCGCAACAAAUGCUCAUCAUGCUGACCAUGUGGUCUUCAAGGACCUGCGCAGCCUUCCUCGUUCCAGUGUCUCGGAAUUGUUGCUGAGCUUGCAAAAUCUAGAGAAGAAACAAUUUGCCUCUAACGAGGUGUUCCCUUUCGACGACAAACUGCUUGCGAAGCAGAAUACGGCGGUGAUUGUCGGAGUAUUGCAGCUCGACUCCAGGCUCCAACUUGUGGCCUAUGCCGUCUGCGUGAGGUGGAACCAUCGUCUCCUCCUCCACAAGAUCUGUGUCGCCCCAGCCUACAGACAGAAAGGCAUGGGUACGAAGCUGAUGCGGUCGAUAAUAGACCGUGCUCGCCAGUGGUCUUGCCGCGGGAUCGACCUCUGGGUGGACGAAGCGAACGACAAGGCGCAAGGCUUGUACUCCAAGCACAAUUUUGAAAUCCAGCAGUCGGUGCCAGACUACUACGGCCCAGGUCGACAUGGCGUCAAAAUGUGCCAUGUCCUGCAGCCUUGA